UUUCAUUUGCGAUGCGAUGAACGGACUUGUCGAUCGGGCAGAUUCGCACAAUUUGGGCAGUGAUGUCCCUUUUGUUCUCAAAUAAACGGAUAUCAAACCCGACAUUCAUCUUAUGAUAACAUUGAACGGUGGUAUUUAAGGCUACCAUUGAGCUGAGAUGGAUGUCAAGGUGCAGUACAUAUCUCCUCAUCAAGUGAGGCCUAAUGCCAGGAGAAAAUCAUCCAAUUCUGAUGAACCUUCCCCCUGAAGCUGAUAUAAUCAAUGACAAGAAUUCCACCUCAGAUGAUGGAGUUGAGCAACAAAGUACUUUAAAACCAGCAUUGGAGAGAGAUGGAUUUUACUGUGGGGAUGCCAUCAUGUUUUACCCUGAUGCUCAUGAUAUGAACGGUGCCUUCCAGAACCCCACCACUCAGGGAAGGAUAACAGUGACCAUGGCAAGUCUUUCUUCCACUGCCAAUGUGAAACCUCACAAGUGCAUGCAGUGUGGGGCGGCCUUCAAGCAGCGCAGUCACUUGAAGGCCCAUAUCAGGACACACACAGGGGAGAAGCCAUUUGGCUGUGAGGUGUGCGGCAAGACGUUCGCUCGUCUCGACUCUGCUGUUCGUCAUAUGAAGGUCCAUGCUGCAGAUAAAGAGAAGAAACAGCAAGUGAAAAAGCAGCAGCAACAACAUCAGCAACAGCAGCAGCGACAGCUUCAGCAGCAGCAGCAGUAUCAGCAUCAGCUUGAAAGUGCGCAGCAGACAGUGCAACGACUCACCCCGUUAAUCCCGCCUGUGAAACAACCUUCGAGACGAAGAAGCUCUGGGUCACAAGGCCAUAAGAAACAAGCCUCGAAGAGCAGAGGAUCUAAGGAUAAGAAGCACAAAUGUUUUGAUUGUGGUAUAUCCUUCAGGCAGCACUGUCAUCUGAAGGUCCAUCAACGCAUUCAUACUGGAGAGAAGCCUUUCAUCUGCGACAUAUGCGGAAAGACCUUUGGAAGGAAGUACUCUGCAGACAGGCACAGGAAGACCCAUGCUGAUGACAAACUUGGCUUGAUCCAUCAGACCUUCAUCCCGCCGCCCCCUUCGACCUCCAACACCAACUCAAUAGCAAACCUUCUCCCAAAGCUGGAGAGGGUUCAGGGUUUUGAUAAGCCCUUCCGAUGCGACCAGUGCACUGCUGCAUUUUCCCAGCGCUCACACCUGAGAAACCACCUGCGGACGCAUUCCGGCGAGAAACCCUAUGGCUGCGAUGCUUGUGGAAAGACGUUCAGUCGGAAGUACUCGGCUAUGCGGCACAUGCGCACCCAUACAGGGGAAAAACGGUUCAAGUGCGAGUUUUGUGGCAACUGCUACAGUCAACGUUUCCACUUGCGGGACCAUCUCAGAACCCACACUGGUGAGAAACCAUUUAACUGUCCGGUGUGCGACAAGGCUUUCAGUCGCAAGGACCUUGCUGUGCGCCAUCUCCGGACGCACAGCGGCUCAGCUAAAAUGUUUGAUUACACGGAUGACACAGUAUAAUGUUUGACUAGACCUUGACAGUUUCACAAUGUGAAAAGGAUGUAAACCUAUUCUAUGACUGCAGUUUCGCACUGGAAGAGCAUUGCACAGCCUUUCAUCUACAUGUAUAUAUGAAAUGUGAUUAUGAAGAGACAUGGACUUCCACAAAAUAGUUACUCAUGAAUCAUUUGUUGUAUGCUGAUGCCAAAGUUAUGUUCCAAAGCCUGGUGAUAAAUCGUACAACUCUUCAUCAGCAUCAAUGUGAAAUUUUGUAUACUGAGCGACUCACUGAUCAGGGCCCCGUCUUACAAAGUAUAUGGAAAUCCAUCAAUAUUCAAGUUUAGGAAAUUUGCACAAUGUCCUUUGAAAACAAAGAGAAGCAAACUGACUUGUCAAGGAAACAGUGACUGUAUGAAUAUACAUCCUAUGUAGAAAAUAUUUUGUACAAACAUGUAUGUUGGAUGUUGACGUUGCUGGCUUUCCAUAGUUGCGGUUGAUUGGAUCAAAUAGUAAGUCUUUGUAAGACAGGACCCUGUAGUUCUUGACAGUUAAGAGAAAUAAAGUGUAAGAAGCAAAGUCAUGAUGUUCUGGUGGUUGUCAUAGCAUAUUCAAAAG